AUGGCCGACCAAGCUGCCGCACCGCCUCAGCCGCCUACUCAGCUCAUCAAGUUCAGUGUUUACCUCUACAAGAAAGAGGAUAUUGACUAUGAUGAGUUUCUCAACUGGGUGACCAAGGAGUACCCCUCCAAGGCAGCCCCCAUCAUGAAAAGACACGGUAUUGUGCAAUGGACACAGACCGUUACCCCUCCGCAUUUCCGGACCCCCUUCCGCGCUGCUCUUCAGCACAUGGGAAGGGACAAGUGGACGGUCCCCGACUACGAUGUGGUCAUGUCGUAUUGGAUCCCCACCCCCGAUACCAUGCAGGCUCUGACCCAGGACCCUGAGUGGAUCGAACUGGAGACCAAGGAAGCAAUGCCGCGGGCUAACAUGACAGUUGGUCACUUUGAGAUAGGGCAUGAGAUCGUCCAGUUCGGUGAAGUACGGUCUCAGGGAACUGCUUAGAUCAAAUAGAUGUAUACCUGUAAAAUACCAGGGUGUAUCUAGCUCAAGAAGAGCUGAAUCGAAAAUGAGGCCGCUUUCUCCAGUUUGGUAUCACGUCAUACUCAGACUCUCUGCAGUUACUACCAACAUCUAGAAAGAAAUAUGUUGAAGUGGAACCACAGCAAUCCUUCAAUGUCACAGUUUGAUUCUGGGCAACAUUUGCACCCGCACCAA